CAGCGACACCCUUCCCAGGCCUCGCAGGACCCGUAGCGCAGUCGGAAGGGCUGCGGCCUGAGAGAAGGGGCGGGGAGCCGGCGCGCCGCGGGCGGCAACAUCCGGGAUCCUCGCCCCGCGGGGGGCGGGGCCAAGGAAGAGGGGCGGGGCUCCUUCCCGGGACCGGAAGCUGGAAGGCCCGGCGGCGGGGAGCUGUUGUCUCCCGUCGCCUCCCGGCGCCGCGCGGGGCUUCUGCUGACGGCGCCGCAGGUCCGGGGGCCCCGGCCGCCAGGCACAGGUUUCCUAAAAGACAGGAAAAAUGGAGGAAUCUGUAAACCAAAUGCAGCCACUGAAUGAGAAGCAGAUAGCCAAUUCGCAGGAUGGAUAUGUAUGGCAAGUCACUGACAUGAAUCGUCUACACCGGUUCUUAUGUUUUGGUUCUGAAGGUGGGACUUACUAUAUCAAAGAACAGAAGUUGGGCCUUGAAAAUGCUGAAGCUUUAAUUAGAUUGAUUGAAGAUGGCAGAGGAUGUGAAGUGAUACAAGAAAUAAAGUCAUUCAGUCAAGAAGGCAGAACCACAAAACAAGAGCCUGUGCUCUUUGCACUUGCCAUUUGUUCCCAGUGCUCUGACAUAAGCACAAAACAAGCAGCAUUUAAAGCUGUUUCUGAAGUUUGUCGCAUUCCUACCCAUCUCUUUACUUUUAUCCAGUUUAAGAAAGAUCUGAAAGAAAGCAUGAAAUGUGGCAUGUGGGGACGUGCCCUCCGGAAGGCUAUAGCGGACUGGUACAAUGAGAAAGGUGGCAUGGCCCUUGCUCUGGCAGUUACAAAAUAUAAACAGAGAAAUGGCUGGUCUCACAGAGAUCUCUUAAGAUUGUCACAUCUUAAACCUUCCAGUGAAGGACUUGCAAUUGUGACCAAAUACAUUACAAAGGGCUGGAAAGAAGUUCAUGAAUUGUAUAAAGAAAAAGCACUCUCUGUGGAGACUGAAAAAUUAUUAAAAUAUCUGGAAGCUGUAGAGAAAGUGAAGCGCACAAGAGAUGAGCUGGAAGUCAUUCAUCUAAUAGAAGAACACAGAUUAGUUAGAGAACAUCUUUUAACAAAUCACUUGAAGUCUAAGGAGGUAUGGAAGGCUUUGUUACAAGAAAUGCCUCUUACUGCAUUACUAAGGAAUCUAGGAAAGAUGACUGCUAAUUCACUGCUUGAACCGGGAAAUUCAGAAGUAUCUCUAGUAUGUGAAAAACUGUGUAAUGAAAAACUAUUAAAAAAGGCUCGUAUACAUCCAUUUCAUAUUUUGAUUGCAUUAGAAACUUACAAGACAGGUCAUGGGCUCAGAGGAAAAUUGAAGUGGUGCCCUGAUGAAGAAAUUUUGAAAGCAUUAGAUGCUGCUUUUUAUAAAACAUUUAAGACAGUUGAACCAACUGGAAAACGUUUCUUACUAGCUGUUGAUGUCAGUGCUUCUAUGAACCAAAGAGUUUUGGGUAGUAUACUCAACGCUAGUACAGUUGCUGCAGCAAUGUGCAUGGUUGUCACACGAACAGAAAAAGAUUCUUACGUAGUUGCUUUUUCAGAUGAAAUGGUACCAUGUCCAGUGACUACAGAUAUGACCUUACAACAGGUCUUAAUGGCUAUGAGUCAGAUCCCAGCAGGUGGAACUGAUUGCUCUCUUCCAAUGAUCUGGGCUCAGAAGACAAACACACCUGCUGAUGUCUUCAUUGUAUUCACUGAUAAUGAGACCUUUGCUGGAAGUGUCCAUCCUGCUAUUGCUCUGAGGGACUAUCGAAAGAAAAUGGAUAUUCCAGCUAAAUUGAUUGUUUGUGGAAUGACAUCAAAUGGUUUUACCAUUGCAGACCCAGAUGAUAGAGGCAUGUUGGAUAUGUGUGGCUUUGAUACUGGAGCUCUGGAUGUAAUUCGAAAUUUCACAUUAGAUGUGAUUUAAACAUAAGGAGCAGCACAAACCAGAGAUCCAUUGCCAUCAGUGAUCGCACUAAAAAUAUACAGCUACUUGCCAGCAAACCCCCAUCAAAUGAAUGAUGAUGGUAUAGUAUGUGCUUAAUGGAAAGAUACCUUUCCAAAAAGAAAGAAAAGAACAAAAAAUAAGAUGGGGAAAUAGCUUCAGGAUACUGUAGUUUCCUCUAAUAGAGAACUUUUUAUUAAUAGAAACUGUAAAAUAGUUUUGCUUUGUUAAAUAAUAUAUGUGUAUUUAAAAGAGGUAAGAGCAAAAAGUGUGAUUCCACAUCAUGUCACUUAUUUCAAAGUGCUUAAUGUUUUCUUACAUGUUUUCAUUGGGAAAGGACAGCUUUGAUAAUGUCCAAAUACUCCGAAAUGCACUAGACCAUGUAACUGUGAUGGAAUAUGAAACUCAUCUGUAACUUUUAUACAAAGGGGGUAAAAAAAAAACCAAGACAUUUGGUUAAAUUAUGAAUGAGUUUUACAAAUUCUUUUCAGAGUUUUCUGAGGUAACAAAUAACAGCUUUCUUAUUCAAUGAAAAAGAUAUUUUAUUUGCACUUGUAGAAUACGUUACCAUUAAUCAGAAACAUCAUGGCAACCCCUGAGAAUAGACUCAAGUUUGUGUUAGCUGAGGAAUUCUAUUUGGUUUGCUUUUUUGUUUUUUUUGUUUUUUUGUUUUUUUGGCUUUGUUAUAUUUUAUUGUUGCAAGGGGUGUGACUUGAUAAUGCUUUUCCUCUGAAUUAUAACAACAUAGCCAGAUGUAGUCUCACACUUUUUUUAUAAACAAGUGAAAAUAAUAUAAAAUGUUUCAAGCAUUUAACUCCCUCAUUCACAAAGUAUAGCAAUUAAAAUCUCAACUAUAACCAGAUUAGCUUUUUCCUUAUUUUUAAAAUAAAAUUUGUUUAAAUUAGUUUUAACUGGUUUUUUAGUCAAUAUUUUUAAAUUGUAUACAUGGCCUCUCUGCCCAUUAUUCAUUUUGUGGCAAAAUAUUAUUUGAUAAUGUCAAGAAAUAAUAAAGCAAUCUAGGUCCAUUAGGUUUGAAAGACAAUUUUUGAGUAGCGUAUUACCAGCUAACCAGUCACUAGGAAUUUUGUUUUCAAUAUUAUUUGUUAUGUAUUAAACUUUUCGUUACACUAAAGUGCAUUAUUUUCUUGAGAAAGUACCUUUCAUUGUGAGGUUUAACAUUAAAAUAAUCUGUUGAAAUCCCA